AUGGCGCGUGGAUCCCUAACCAAAUGCGUGGUGGGUCUUUUGACGCUGCAGAGUGCUUUAGGUAGCCCGGUAGCCGGUAACAAGCCUCCUGUUCUUGCAGAAGGGAAGCUAGGUGCAGUGGCAUCGGGGAAUGAAAUCUGCAGUCACAUUGGUACCGAUCUGCUGAAAAUUGGUGGCAAUGCUGCAGAUGCCAUGGUGGGUACUGUAGUAUGCAUGGGGGUUAUCGGCAUGUACCAUUCUGGUAUCGGUGGGGGUGGCUUUAUGCUUGUCCGAGCACCGAACGGCACAUAUGAGUUUAUUGACUUCCGUGAAACGGCCCCAGCCGCUGCUUACGAGGACAUGUUCAAGAACAACGUAAAUGCCAGUAUCACUGGCGGUCUUGCAUCUGGCGUCCCAGGCGAGCUCCGCGGCCUUCAGUACCUCCACGAGCACUACGGUGCCCUACCUUGGGCCAAGGUUCUUGCUCCGGCUGUCAAAGUCGCCAGGGAUGGUUGGAAGGUCAAUGAAGACUUGGUCAGGUACAUGGCUUCUGCGACCGCCACAGCCGGAUCCAACUUCUUGGUCGAUGACAAGCAAUUCGCCAUCGAUUUCGCACCCAACGGUCAGCUUUUGAAGCUCGGCGAGACCAUUACGCGCAAGCGCUUUGCCGACACGCUCGAAACCGUGGCCAAUAAAGGCCCUGAUGCGUUCUACAAGGGGCCCAUAGCAGAAGCUACCAUCCGCGCGCUUCAGGCAUCAAAUGGCACCAUGACACUCCAAGACUUGGCCGACUACAAAGUCGCGAUUCGCAAACCUUCAACCAUCAACUACCGUAACUACAAACUCACAGCUUGUGGUGCUCCAUCUGGUGGCGAUGUCGCUCUUUCAACCCUGAAAUUCAUGGAAGGCUACUCCAAUGUUGGCGACCCAUCCAAUAUCAACCUCACCACGCACCGCCUUGACGAAAGCAUGAAGUUUGCCUACGCCUUGCGCGCCGAGCUCGGCGACCCUUUCUUCGUAAAAGGCAUGGACAAGUACCAAGAGCAGAUACACUCGGAAGCCACAGCCAAGGAGAUCCGUAGCAAAAUCUACGACAACAAGACCUUUGAAGUAUCCUACUACAACCCCCUUGGUCUCGAGUCCCUUGAGACACCAGGAACCGCUCAUGUCGUCAGCGCCGAUGCAAGUGGAAUGGCCAUCACUCUCACCACAACUGUCAACCUCCUCUUCGGCAGCAGGUUCGUGGUACCCGAAACGGGUGUGAUUAUGAACUGCCAGAUGAACGACUUCAGUAUCCCUGGUCAGUCAAACUCGUUUGGUUUCAUUCCCAGCGCUGCGAACUUCAUCCGCCCAGGAAAGCGACCUUUGUCUUCAAUUUCGCCUGUCAUUGUUGAACACCUGAACUCUACCCUUGCAGACGCGUUUUACGUGGCCAUCGGUGCAGCAGGUGGUUCGCGCAUCAUUACCGCUACUGUUCAGAACUUGAUCAACAUUCUGGAUGGCAACAUGACGACCGCGGAGGCGCUCGCCGCACCCAGGAUGCACGAUCAGCUGGUGCCUGCCCAGGUAAGUUUCGAGUAUGGCUUUGACAAUGGCACGACUGCGUUCUUGAAGAACUUGGGUGCCAAUGUGACGUGGAGUGCUCCCACCGGCAGCAGUGCACAGGGGCUAAGGAGAUUGGCGAAUGGAACAUUUGAGGCUGCGGGAGAACCUAGGCAGAAGAACAGUGGAGGUGUUGCCGUUUAGAGUAGAACAUGAAUGCGGUAGACCACCAUGG